AUGAGUCGAUGUUACACGUUGUUGAACAUCACUUAUGGUGUUUUCUUUAGUAUUUAUAAUGUGCUGAGUGUCAUUAUACCAUUAUUGAUAAUGAUUUUCAGUAGUUUAUUGAUUCUUGUGAAUAUUCGUCGAAGUCGACGUCGAAUUCAAACCGAAUCAAUAGUUUCAAAUGUCUUACAACCUAAACAAACGAAACCGAAUCAAUCGAUGGAUAUGCAAUUUCUUCGAUUAAUUUUAGUUCAAAGUUUGACAUUUGCAAUCUUAAAUCUUGCUUUUGUUGGUAAUGUUCUUUAUGAUUUCAUCACAAAUAAACAAGUGAAAAGUUCAAAUCAACAAGCUAUUGAAGUUUUUGUUUAUGGAGUUACGAUUCAUCCGCUUUAUCUCUUCAGUGCAACAACAUUUCUUACAUAUACAUUAACAUCGAUUAUACUUCGACAACAAUUCGUUUUAAUUCUUCAACGUUUUACUCGAACUGCAUUUCGAUGUUUUGGAAUAUAA